AUGUAUGGAUUAAGCAUUUUAGUGCUUUUACCUGUUAUUGCUCAACAGCGUCGUCGUCGUCGUCGUAAAAGAGCAGUGCUGGUUCAACGACAAAAGGUAUUAAAACAUUAUUCGCUAUCGAUAACUGCAAAUAAUUCAAAUAUUUUAUCACAAAUGACAGAAACUGGAAGUAUGAAUUUUAAAAAUAUUCCAACAGAAGUUGAAUUUUUUUCAUUACAAUCAAUAAAAAAAAUUACUAAAGAUAUCGAUGAAAAUGAUAGGUUUACAUUUUCAGUACCAAAAUGGGAUACAUUAACCAGUAGACCUGUUGAAGAUGAUGAUGAAUUUGAGGUUACAGCUGAUGAUUGUAUUGUUUAUCUAUUAAAUAAUACACCAUGGAAUACAUCUUUGAGUAAAAAAGCAUUUAAGAUAAAUUUUCGACGAACAAAUUCUUCAAAUCUACUUGAAGAACAACAUAUUCCAAUGAUAAAAACAUCUUACGAUCAAGAAACUCACCGAUCUAUCUCGAAUUCAAAUGUACUUUGUGAACAAAGUUGGUUCAACACAAAUCCGACUUUUAUUGAGUCACGUGUAUAA